AUGCUGCGCCUCCUCGCCCCGGCCGUGCCCGCGCACGGCGCCGCGGCGGCACGGCGCCGCGGUAGGGCAGCAUCGGCCGCGCUCGCGGCCCCGCCGGCGCGUCGGUGCGUGCCGCCUCGGGCGCCACAGCCCGCAGCGCCAGCCCCAGGCGUCCGGGCGCGGGCGUCCGUCGCGACCCUGGACGAAGUGCUCGACGCGGCGCAGGAGGCGGGCAGCCGGGACGAUGACGCCAGCGCUGUUCCCGGAGGCGGGAAGGGCGCGGCGGCGCAGGGGGCCGCACCAGCCGCCCGGGCGCGCCCGAGCGUGGCUCUGAAGGUGGCCGCGCAGCAGGGGGUACUGUGGUUUGCCAACGUCUACCCGACGAAGGCCUUUCGGUUCGAUUUCCGCCAGGUGCUCACCCACCACAACCACGAGACGCUGAUACCCACCCUGCUGCCCGAAGGCGUCGAGGUGCUCCGCAUGGUGCCGCGGGAGCGCGAGGGCGGCGCCUUCGUGUACUUCCGGGCGCCGCCCAGCUUCGUCCUGCAGGUCCUCCUCAGGCUCGGCAAGAAGGGGGAGGGCGCGAAGCAGACCUCGGAGGAUGUUGACAUCUUGCUCAAGGUGUGCGAGGGCAUCACGGGAUACCUGAAGAACCACGAUGUUCGUGCUUUCUUGUCUCCCUUCCCCGUGCGUGCCCACAGGGUCAGGGGCGAGCCCUACCUGGAGGAUCUGAUGACUCGGUACCCCAGCUCCCGCCUGCGCGUCCGUCUUGAGCCCCCCAGCGCGGGCGUGGGCGAGGAGCAGCUGUACCAGAAUCUGCGGCGCUACGGCCAGCUGGACGACCUGACCACCUUGCCCGAUGGCAAGGGCUUCCGGGCCUCCUUCACGUACACCGCCGGGGCGGUGGCCGCGCGGAACUGCCUGCACCGCUCGUACCUGUCCCCCGCGGGGGGCGGCCCCGCCGUCCGCCUGCACUUCGAGUACGAGCCCUUCAUGCAGAAGUGGCUCCGCGAGCAGAUCACGAGCAACGCACGCUACAGCGUGUCCCUGCUCGUCUUCUGCACCCUGGGCAUGACCUACCUCAUCUGGGACCCCCUGCGGGCGCUGUCCGUGCAGCUGCGCGUGGCGGGCUCGCUGCUGCACGCGCCCGGCGCGGGGCCGCCCCUGGGGGGUGCCGAGGCCGAGGGCGCGGGCGCCGACCGCCUGCGCCUCAGCGGGGCGCGCGGCUGGCUCCUGCACGCCCUGUCUGGGGCGUGGAUGCCGGACGGCUGGGCGCCCUACACGCCGUCCAGGAUGCGGGCCAGCAGGGCGCUGGGCGCAUCCUCGGGGAUCCUCGCGGACUUCUGGGCGGACCGGCCCGAGGAACUGUCGGAGCUGCGGCACUGGCUCACCCAGCCCCAGGACAAGCUGAUGCUUCUGACCGGCUGCCGGGGCAACGGCCAGGAGGCGAUCGUGGCGCAGCUCGUGGGUGGUCGCGCCGUGCUCAUCGACGUCGGCGAGAUGCUGGAGGCCGGCGGCGGUGCGGACGACCAGAUCUUCCUGCGGAUCUUCUGCAAGGCGCUGGGGUAUUGGCCCGCGCAGGGCAUGGACAGGCAGAUGAGCGCCCUGUUGGAACUCAUGCUGCCAGGCUCCGGGAAGCUCAGCAGGGAGAACGAGCUGAUCGUCGCGGUGCAGCGGAUCCUCUCUUGCGUCACGCAGGCGUUGAUCGACUGGAAGAACAGGCGCGCACUCGGCGGACAGCAGGACGCGGCGAUGGCCGCCCCUCUCUUCGUCGUCAGCGGGUUUACGGCGGAGAACCGGGACCGGCGUGAGGGUUUUUUUUCCGCGCUCGUCAAGUGGGGGGCCUACAUGUCCGAGGCCGGCCUGGCACGGGUGCUGUUCAUCGCGGAUUCCUCCUUUGCGGAGCCGGCGAUGCUCGGCGAGCUCAGCAACCGCCCCGAGCGGCUCGACGUGACUCAGCUCCAGGACGCGGAUCCGGGCAGCGUACGGCAGAUCCUGCGCAGGCAGAUAGGCGACCAGGGCGCGUCCUCGCUCACCGACGCGGAGCUGGCCGCCAUCGGGGGGAGGUUCCGCGACAUUGCCUCCCUCGUCAACAGGGUGCGCAGCGGGGACGACCCGAAGCAGGCCGUUCGCCACCUGGUGGAGGCUGCCGAGACGACCGUGCGCACGCUUCUGAUGGUGGGCCAGCCUGGGGUCCAGUGGACGAGGCCCCAGCUCUGGCGCGCGGUGCGGAUGCUGGAGUCGAGCCCUGGCAGCGCAGGCAACCCUGGCGUGGUGCCCUACGACGUAUUCUUGUGGGGAGUCUUCCGGGGCGACGAGGUGGCCCUGCGUUCGAUGAG